UUACGUUUAGCGCUCUGAAUUAUGUAAUUUUAUUAAAUUAUUUUUUAUUGUUUUCAAAAAUUUUGGUGGUUUUGCUUUAACUGAUAACACUGGCAUAAUAAAAACAAUCACGUGCAUUUAACUCCAUGGAGUUGUUUGUAAACAAAUCAUCAGAGGAAAUAAGCGGAUAAAACAACUUCGUUUGGAUUAACGAGCCUCUAUAAUUAUUACAGGCUCUUUAGUUUGGAUGCUGCCAAGAUGAAAACAAAGACCGACAUUCAAGAGUUGUUCGAAACAGCUCGAAGAGGCCAAACGUACUUGAAAAUAUGCGCUCCGAUGGUAAGAUAUAGCAAAUUGGAAUUCAGAAACCUGGUUCGGUCGUUUGGAACCGAUCUUACGUUUACCAGCAUGAUUAUGGCGGAUUCUUUCUGUCAAAGUGAGAAAGCGCGACAGAAUGAGUUCACCACAAAUGAACAUGAUACACCUGUGAUAGCACAGUUUGCCGCUAAAAAUUCGGUCGAUCUGUUGUCAGCUUCAGAAAUGGUAUUUCCAUACGUGGAUGGUGUUGAUUUAAACUGCGGCUGUCCCCAACGCUGGGCUAUGGCCGAUGGAUAUGGUAGUGCGUUGCUAAAAAAUCCAGAGUUAAUAGCUGAUAUGUUGGGCACAGUGCGUCGUAAUCUACCGAGCACAUUCAGCGUUUCGGUAAAAGUGAGGCUGUUGAAUAAAGGCUCUCUUGCUAAAACGAUCGACAUGUGCCAAAAGCUACAAUCUUGUGGAAUAACGUUCAUCACGGUCCAUGGGAGAACGCCGGCUGAAAAGACGAAUGUUCCAGUUGACAAAGAAGCUCUGAAACAGAUUAAAAGUAGUCUCCAAGUACCGGUUGUGGCGAAUGGAGACGUUUUUCACUUACGGGAUGCAGAUGAGAUGUUUAGGAUAACAAAAUGCGAUGGUGUUAUGGCAGCACGAGGUAUGCUUUCUAAUCCCGCUCUUUUCGCUGGAUAUGACCAAACUCCCACGGAAUGCAUCCAACGGUGGCUUGAUGUUACCAAACAAGCCGAUACGGACAUUACCUAUCAAGCCAUGCAUCAUCAUUUAACUUUCAUGGCCGAAUCGAUUCUAACCCGGCAGCAGCGAAUCGUGUUUAAUAAUCUCACCAGAGAUAAGCUUAAAGUGUUAGAUUUUCUGCAGGACCAAUUUCAACUGGAAGCAAAAGCGUGCGAUCAUCCAAAAAAGAUAAACUGUAUCUUUGACGAGGAGCUGUAUCGUAGCCGGAAGGGAAAUGCUAAAACAGUAUGUGCUAACGACAGUUAUUCCAGUGAAAGUACAGAUGGCGCUUUCUUCAAAAGCAAGGUGGAUGUAUUGGAUGAGGAAGUUGCGUCCGAUGUUGAUUUGACCGAAUUCAACUUGUUUGAAAAUGAUGAAAUAUAGUGUUGCCGUUUAAUAA